AUCAAAUUAAGUUCUGCAAAGUUCUAGAAUCAUCUAGGCAUCCUUACAAAUCACUGGAAAGAAGAAUUAUCUUGAUUGGUUUAGUUUUGCCCGAGAGCCAUUGAGUUGAAGUUACCGUUCCAACUUUUUUGGAGCCUUGGGCGUUGGAAUGUUAAGGGACGUGACAAUAUUGCGGACUCCUCGUCGAGGCUGUACCAGGGAGAGGACGACGAAUUUGAUGAGAGGGCGAACUCUUGGGAGGUGUGCCAACUCGAGCUGAACAGAGUGGGAUUCCUGACUGAGGACGAGAUCAAGAAAUGUACUGCAAAAGAUGACACCCUGCAAAAGCGAUUACCGGAAGGAGCUUCAAGCAACGGUACACGCAUACAACGCCGCGGACCACACAGUCACCAAAGUACCACCCGAAGAGGUCUUCAGUGAUCGCAAAAUUAAGCGCGGCCUACCGUUACUUCUCCGCGGUAGGACGGAACAUGAUGAUUUGGUGUUCGACGCCAGGGAUCCCGAGGCGAAGAUAAAAUCCAAGGCACGGGAAGACACACACCGUGGAGCUAAACGGAGUACAGUCAAACCAGGGGAUGCGGUCUUGAUCGAGCGCCAGUCCAAGGCAAAGGGAGAAACUCUAAACCAAAAAGGUUCAGAAGUGGCGAGAACUCCGACCGAUCAUUCAAGAGGCACAACGUUCCGACUGGGGCGUCAUGAUCAGGAAGUUAAGGAGAUUGAUCAACAGCGGCCGAGAAGAACAGUGAAGACCCCCUCACACCUCUUGGAUUAUAUCCGUUCGGUUGAGGAUGAGUUUUGAUGGCCAAGACGGAAAGCAACAGGCUGUUGAGUAAACGAGAAUAAAAUAUGACUAGAA